AUGAAUCCACGACACAACCUCCCUGAGAGAGGAGAUCAAAGUGAUGAUUUAUUCCGGAUCGACCCUGCCGCAGUUGAAAGGAUGAAUCGCUACCAUGAUCGCCCCCGAGGAUUAAACGAUGAUCAUUUCGGUAUAUCGACAGAACUGAAACUGCACGAAAAUCCCUGGGUAUUAAAGAAGACGUUGACGAUAAGCUACGUAGACAACCUUUCUCGACUUAUGCUGAAGAAGGUGUUGGUUCAAGCUUACAUACUCUCAUUCAUGGAAGGUGAGCAGGUGGAGGAGGUGAAUAAUGGGGCGGGCACGCGGGUACAAAUCAAGGAUCUGGAUACAGGUUCGGAUCACGAGUUGACGUUGAGGAUGUGGCCUGCCAGCAAGUGUUACGUUUUGAAUGACAACUGGAGAGAGAGCUUUGUAAGGAGAAGGGAACUGAACGCAGGCGAUGAGAUAUGGAUGUAUUGGGACCGUUACUACCGCUGCUUCUUCACCGUUCGUGGAAGAGUUGUUCAAAUUAAUUAA